ACAGCGGAUAGAUUAAAAUACUUUUGAUAAACAAUUAACAAUCAUUCUGUAUUACUUUCCAUUUUGUUUGCACUUUUUAUUUUUCGAAUGUAAUAACUGAUAACUACUAUUUUGUACGACGCUAUCGCGGCUUUAUGAUGUCAGCAACUCUGUUGUAUAUGUACUUUUUUAUAUUUUUUAUAAGGCUUCAAUAGAAAUUUCGAGAACUUUUUUGUAAAUAGGUUAAGUUUUAUUUUGAAAUCCGCCGAUCGAAACUUUUUGCAAAAAGUUCAUGAACUUAAAUCUCUAAAUGUAUGUGUAGUAGUUGGAAGUUCAAUUAAAAAACUCCCCCCAACCAUGUAAAAAUAUAUAAUAUAUAUACGAAAUAUAUAUAUAUUUACAAGCAGGCGUGAUUAUUAACAAACUAAGUAGAUGUAUGAACAAUGCAGGAGGAAAACUGUUUCUUCCCCAAACAAAAAACAAAUCGCAAAAUGUAGCAAAGCGUUUUAACUUGAAAUAAACGUCUACGAUGAGAAAUCGUUUUUAAAAGCGACCCCGAAGAGCAGACAAAAUUCUAAGAGUCAUGUUGCGAAAAGCUCGAACCUGAUUAUUCGCCGGCUGUAUAAAUACAGAGCGUCGUCGAAGAGAAAAUUCAGUUUGGAAACGAACGUCGAGUUGAUUCAACAUUUAAGUGAAUUUUAUUUGUACUACGUUUAAAUUUUUUAGCAAAAAACAAAAUGAGUUCUACUAAACAUUUCGCCAAAGGGUCCGCGAAGCCUGUCCUUCCUGAAGACGGACUCCUUCGUCUGUACUCCAUGAGGUUCUGCCCCUAUGCCCAGCGAGCCCAUCUCGUCCUGAAUGCCAAGAAGGUGCCCCAUCACACCGUGAACAUCAAUCUCACCGAGAAACCAGAGUGGUUGGUGGAUGUGAGCCCCCUGCUGAAGGUUCCUGCUCUGCAGCUGGUGCAGGAGAAGGAUCAGCCCUCUCUCAUCGAAUCGCUGAUCAUCGCCGAGUAUUUGGACGAGAAGUACCCGGAGAAUCCGCUGCUGCCCAAGGAUCCUUUGAAGAAGGCCCAGGACAAGAUCCUGCUGGAGCGCUUCAGCGGCAUCACCAAUGCCUUCAUGAAGAUCCUGACCCAGAACACCGGUCUGGAGGAUUACUGGGUGGCUUUGGAUAUCUUUGAGGAGGAGCUGACCAAGCGGGGCACUCGCUUCUUUGGCGGCGACAAACCCGGCUUCGUGGACUACAUGAUCUGGCCGUGGUUCGAGCGCCUGUCUGUGAUCGAGCUUAAGCUUCCGCAGGAGUAUAAUUUCGACGAAAAGCGCUUCCCCAAGAUUACCCAGUGGAUUGCCCUUCUGAAGGCGGAUUCGGUGGUCCAGUCUUUCUAUGCCACUCCUGAGAACCAUAACGAGUUCUGGAGGACCCGCAAGGCCGGAAAUGCCAGCUACGAUCUGUUGGCUUAG